AUGCGCGUCUGUGGCCGGCGCGAGAGCUCAGUCGCGACUGAGACUCGAUGGUCGCCGCCGUUUCUAAAUUUAUCGGUGCCAAGAAGAACAAAAAUGGAUUUGAAUCUAAUGGAUAAGCUCCGAUUACUAAAAAUAGACACGGAAUUACGGCCCCAGAUAAAAAUGAAGCCCAUGAGCCGCUACUACUUCAUCACCUCCACCAACCCUGGCGAGCAGUUCUUCGUAUUUGUGUCUACGGCUGCUUGGCUCAUCAGAAAGGCUGGAAAGUCAUUCGAACAACCACAAGAAGAAGACGACCCAAACUCCACCAUAGCCAACAUCAUUGAGGUACUACGAGAAAAACAAAUGACAGUCGAUUUCUCUUCACACAAACUCAAACAAGGUCACGGAGAAGAGGUAUCCUACAUACUUAAUAUAUUAGCUGAUGAAGCAAUGAAAAAAGAAAACUUCGUCUGGCAGAAACCAAUUAUAAAUCUAACGGAUACCGAAGAAACUACUGACGAUAUAGAUCAAGUGGAAGACGAAACAGAAAUAACUUUAGACAAAGUCGAAGAAGAAAUGGCGAUAUAUUCCGAAGAAUCUGAAGGCGAAUUUGGCAGUGAAGAUGAUAAAGAAUCGAGUAACGUGGCGGAUAAGGUGCACGAUUGGGAAGCGUGGAAGCUUGAGCUAGAGAGAGUUGCUCCGGCUUUGAGAUUGAAAAUAACUGCUGAUGGAAGGGAUUGGAGGGCGCGACAUGCGCAAAUGAAGACUUAGGAUGAACUGUUUGAUAGAUUUAAAACUACUGGUUCACAGCUUAAUAAAAUCCAUGGAAAUAUAAGUUCAGUUAUGGAUAAAAUAACAGCUAGAGAGAAUAUCUUGAACGAGCAGUUUGAACCAUUAGUUAAAGAAUAUGGCGCGCUUCUUGAUGAAUUGAGUAAAGUAACUAAUGAAUAUAAAGAGGUAAGCGUUGGCGUGACAGAAAGGCAAGAAAUGCUGAAUGAAUUGACAGCUAAAGUGGAGAAUAUCAAGCAAAGAACGGAGUCUAAAGGAUCAUCUAUGAACGAUAACUCUCCGCUAGUUGCCGCAAAGAAAGCUGUCGUGAAUUUGAAGAAGGAUAUACAAGAGUUGGAUUUCCAGAUUAUUGUUCUACUCUGGCUGUUGACUACCAAGGAAAAUCCUAACAGCAAUAAUUUGUUGGGAAAUGUGGAGUCGCGAAUGGUGACGAAUGAAGUCUACUGAAUAAAAUAUUAAUUAAAAAAAUGUACAGUCUAGUGUUAAAAUAUGGGUAAAAGGUGAUAAAAAAACGUUUAUUCGGAACUUAAUGCUUAAUACUAAAUUACACAUCUUCUGACAAACCACAAUGUGAUUUGUUUCUUAAUUCGUCAUAGUAAGAGCAAUGGGAAAUAUUCUGGAGCAACUUUUGGAAACCCAUAGUUAAACACGACUGUACCUACAGCCACGUCAGAAAAUAAAGAUAAAGUCCCAAAUAAUAUAAAAUGAAUUUGUUUUUUCAUUGAUGUAUAGUUUUCCACUUUGUCAGUACCUAUUUGGGCCAUUUUUUUCACAGUUUUGUCCAGCCCACUUUUUUGUAACAUGGGGGUAUUUUUUACGCGAUUCAUACUCAGAAUCGCGAGGUCUUUCGAACCUGA